AUGAGCUCCAAUAGAUACCCAUGCACAGAAGAGGUCGACAGGAUGGACUAUGAAGAGCGAUUCCUCACCGCAUGCGAUAGCUUCAGGUCUUCUCUAUACGAGGAGUUCCGGUUCCUAAGUCUCGGCGAUGGGAUCCGCUCUGAGGUCCUUCCAGUCCUCCACAAGAUGGUGAGGCUACUGGAGGUCAUCUUUGUCCUAGGUGAGGAGAUGGCACGGUCAUGUCCGCGUUGUCUCACAGUUCGCAAUAAGCCCAAGAACCACUUCUUCACCCAGUUUGAGCAUCUGUGUCGCGUACGCAUCAUGGCGCCCUUGACAAAAGCCAUUGCUGACCUUGAAGCUGAUGAGGCGUCGUCAGAUCCGAGGGCAAGCGUUGACUUUGUUGUCGCGUCGGAUUUGGAUGAUAUUCGUCCCAGUACUAUCUUGCUCUCUAGUGCGCCGCUGCCUCUGGAUAUGAGUUCCUGCGUUCAGCUUUGUCACCUUUCCCGCCCGUGA